GGUGGUCGGUGCGGGAGGAGGGAGGGGAGCUCGCGGGCCAGAGAGGGCGCGACGGCGGCGGCGGUGGCCUGAGGAGGCCCGGGCGGCGGCGGCGGAGGCCGAGGCGGAGCCUGGAGAGGCGUGGCUGGACCAAGACCUCCCCCCAUGUGAGCAGGCCCCCUCCUCCCCUAACCACCCAUUGCCACCACGCCAGGGAACGUCCUCAAGCCCUGGCCCUCAGGGGAGAGCUAACAGGAGCCCAGAGCCGAGACCAUGUGACGGCGCUGGCCCUUGCCACCGCCGUCCCCCCCACCCUGGCCCCAGGCCUGGCACCAUGAUGUUCCGAGACCAGGUGGGCAUCCUCGCUGGCUGGUUCAAGGGCUGGAAUGAGUGUGAGCAGACAGUGGCCCUGUUGUCGCUUCUGAAGCGGGUCACCCGUACCCAAGCCCGCUUCCUGCAGCUCUGCCUGGAGCACUCGCUGGCGGACUGCAAUGACAUCCACCUGCUGGAGUCGGAGGCCAACAGUGCUGCCAUCGUCAGCCAGUGGCAGCAGGAGUCCAAAGAGAAGGUGGUGUCCCUCCUGCUGUCCCACCUGCCUCUGCUUCAACCAGGCAACACGGAGGCCAAGUCGGAGUACAUGAGGCUACUGCAGAAAGUGCUGGCUUACUCGAUUGAGAGCAAUGCCUUCAUCGAGGAGAGCCGCCAGCUGCUCUCCUAUGCCCUCAUCCACCCAGCCACCACACUGGAGGACCGCAAUGCGCUGGCCCUCUGGCUGAGCCACCUGGAAGAGCGGCUGGCUAGUGGCUUCCGUACCCGGCCAGAACCCACCUACCACUCACGCCAGGGCUCAGAUGAGUGGGGGGGGACUGCAGAGCUGGGCCCUGGAGAGGCAGGGCCAGGCUGGCAGGACAAGCCACCCCGGGAAAAUGGACAUGUGCCCUUCCACCCAUCCACCUCGGUGCCGCCAGCCAUCAACAGUAUUGGGAGCAAUGCAAAUACAGGUCUCCCCUGCCAAAUCCACCCUAGCCCACUGAAGCGCUCCAUGUCACUCAUCCCUACRAGCCCUCAGGCCCCUGGUGAGUGGCCAAGUCCAGAGGAGCUWGGUGCUCGGGCUGCUUUCACCACGCCCGACCACGCACCCCUCUCGCCCCAGAGCAGCGUGGCCUCCUCUGGCAGUGAGCAGACGGAGGAGCAGGGCUCCAGCCGGAACACUUUCCAGGAGGACGGCAGUGGUAUGAAAGAUGUGCCCUCGUGGCUCAAGAGCCUCCGUUUGCACAAAUAUGCAGCCCUCUUCUCACAGAUGAGCUACGAGGAGAUGAUGACACUGACUGAGCAGCACCUGGAGUCACAGAAUGUCACCAAAGGUGCCCGCCACAAGAUAGCCCUGAGUAUCCAGAAGCUGCGAGAGAGGCAGAGUGUCCUCAAGUCCCUAGAGAAGGAUGUGCUAGAAGGUGGGAAUCUGCGGAAUGCUCUACAGGAGCUGCAGCAGAUCAUCAUCACCCCCAUCAAGGCCUACAGUGUCCUUCAGGCUACUGUGGCUGCUACCACUACCACCCCUACUGCCAAGGAUGGGGGCCGGGGGGAGCCGCUGCUGCCAGGUGCUGAGCCUCCCCUAGCCCACCCUGGCACGGACAAGGGCACUGAGGCCAAGGACCCUCCGGCUGCAGAGAAGUAUCCCCCUCCACCAGCUCCAGCUCCCACUGAUGGCAGCGAGCCAGCGCCGGCUCCUGUUGCUGACGGAGACAUCCCCAGCCAGUUUACACGGGUGAUGGGCAAAGUGUGCACCCAGCUGCUGGUGUCCCGACCAGACGAGGAGAACAUCACCAGUUACCUCCAGCUCAUCGAAAAGUGCCUGACUCAUGAGGCUUUCACAGAGACACAGAAGAAGCGACUGUUGUCCUGGAAACAGCAAGUGCUGAAGCUCCUCCGGACAUUCCCGCGCAAAGCUGCGCUGGACAUGCAGAACUACCGGCAGCAGAAGGGCUGGGCAUUCGGCUCCAACUCACUCCCCAUAGCUGGCUCUGUGGGGAUGGGGGUGGCCCGACGGACCCAGCGGCAGUUCCCAAUGCCUCCCCGGGCCCUUCCACCUGGCAGGAUGGGUCUCCUGAGCCCCUCGGGCAUUGGGGGUGUCUCCCCUCGACAUGCCCUCACCAGCCCCAGCCUCGGGGGCCAGGGCCGACAGAACCUGUGGUUUGCCAAUCCUGGAGGCAGCAACAGCAUGCCCAGUCAGAGCCGCAGCUCCGUGCAGCGAACCCACUCGCUCCCAGUCCACUCGUCACCCCAGGCCAUUCUCAUGUUCCCUCCAGACUGCCCGGUCCCUGGGCCUGACCUGGAGAUCAAUCCCACCCUGGAGUCUCUGUGUCUGAGCAUGACAGAACACGCCUUGGGUGAUGGGACAGACAAAACCUCCACCAUCUGACAGGACCCACAGCCCAGCGCACCCAUAGGCUCCCCGGGCGGCGGGCGGGGGCCAACCCCCAACGGGCUUCUCUGCGGCAGCAAGAGGGUGGGCUGGCUCAGCUAUACAUUCUAAUAUUUUUCUACUCUCUCACCCUUUUAACUUUUGUUUAACAUUGGCACAUGCCUUGCUCACUCCCAGGCCCGUUGAGGGAUCUCUGCUGAGGCCAGGGGACUGAGGGGGCUGCCAGGAUCAAAGGGGCAGGGACUGGUCAGAGUGCCUGCCCCAUCUUCCCUCCCAUAUCCCCCACCUGGGCCUGUCCCAACCCUGCCUCUUCCAGACUGCUGAUCACCUGUCCCUCCCCAAGGGAGCAGACUCCCAGACAAACUGACCGCUACCUUGUGGAGCCUGCUCAGAAACCUUUGAUAUUGAGGGACCAAUGAGCAGGGUUGACAACCCCCUCCCCAUGAUGUUACUGGAGAGGAGCUGGGGAGAAAAAGAGUGAGGAGAGGAAGUGCUCUUCCUCCCCUCUCCAUGUCUGCCCUUCCCCAUUCCCAUCAUUCCCUAAGGACAGGAACCACAUUCCUCUCUCACCUCCUCUUGCCCUGUUUAUCAGAGGUUCUCUACAAUUAAUUUCUUAGGCCUAUUUAAGAUACAUAUUUAUAUAGUU